CAUUCGUAUCAUUUCCAUGUUUUUUCAACGGCUGCAAGUCCUGUCGGAGAUUCCACUAAGUCUACACGUCCAAGUUCCACAACGAUUGCCAGUCCAGUCAAGGAUUUCACAGAGUCUACACGUCCGAUCGCAAGUUCUACAACGAUUUCAAGUCCGGUCAGGGAUUUUACCGAGUCUACACGUCAGAUCGCAAGUUCUACAAUGUCGUCACAUUCUCACUCAAACGUCACAGACCUGCAAUUUGAAAAUCAAACAGACACGAAUGGAACCGACGACUUUGACGAGCACAGUUGUGUCACUGAGGGUCAAAGCAACUUCGAGAAUGAAUUCGAAGAAAAUUCAGACCAAUAUGAAAAUAUUACUGAUAUACGUGCCCGUUGGGAAGAAAAUACCAAAACAUUCAAGACAAAAUUUCGGAAUGAAUCUAUAACUAAACGCAAAAGAAUGGGGCAUCAGAAGCAAGACUUUAUAUCUAGAGCGGCCUUUGCCAAUAAACAACAAAAUGUAACUGAGGUUUUCAAAGAGUUUACAUCGUCUGAUUAUGGCAACUGUUUUACAGUGGAUUCGCCAAAGUACAUUGCAACGAGAACUGGUCCAGAUCACGGAAUAAAACUAAGACUGAAUCUGGAGGUUGAUGAAUACAUCAAGAAUUAUGCUUCCGGUUACGGCGUGCGCUUGGUGUUUCAUGAGCCGGGAACCUUCGCAAUGCCAGCGGAGGAAGGUCUUACACUCAGCCCAGGUCACGAGACCAUGAUAGGACUAAGAGUGGUGAAUAUUACUAGACUACCUUAUCCUUUUGGCAACUGUACAGAUGGGGAAGCAUUUAGGCAACGGUACAAUAUAUCCUACAGCGUAGCCGCCUGUAUGGAGUUUUGCCGCAUAGAGAUGACAGUUGAACAGUGUGACUGCGUUCCCUUUGAUGCCCCGGAUCUUCACUUCAGUAGGAACGGGGUCCACGUGUGUGACAAUCUAAAGAAAACUGAAGACAAGUGUGCGGACAAAGUUAACUAUAAUUUCGAGCCUGGAAACUGUGAUUGCAUUAGUCCAUGCAGGGAAACUGUGUAUGAAAAGACUAUAUCUGGUCGCCGAUGGCCGAAUAAAGACUACUUGGAGAAGGUGCUCAUGGAAGAUGCAUGCAGACGAAAUAUGUCGUCAAUGAAAGACGCCUGUUCACAUUUAAGGAACCAUACUUUUGACUAUGAAAGGUACAGAUACAAUUUUAUCCGGGCACGUAUUUAUUUCGAAGAGCUGAACUACAAAAAAAUAACUGAACAAGAGGCGUACAAGGCUGUACGUUUUGUGUCAGAUAUAGGUGGUGCAAUGGGACUAUUUCUUGGGGCUUCAUUACUCAGUAUCUUAGAACUAUUUCAACUGAUUCUUGAGGUAGUGCUACAUGCCAGGAAACCGAAACAAACACAGCCAUCUGAAGCUACAAGGAGAGAACAACAGAAUGGAAAUUUUAGUCCUGUGUGACAGUCUGGCAGUCUGAAUUCCUACCUAUUAAAACUUUGCUUUUAAUUAUAACAACUAAAAAGCUGACGGCUUAGUUUCGUAUUAACUAGAGGGCCGUGAUGGUCCUAAGCCGCUCAUCUGAGUUUCACAGCUCAAAAAGGUAACAGUUUUAGUAGAGUCAUAAAAUGUACAUUUUUAUGAAAAUACUACUGAUUCAGAAGAGAUGAUAUUAGUAAAGGCACCCAUUUGACAUUUCUUCAAGAAAUAACUUUCAAUCUUGGCAUGAGAAAAUUUUCAAUAUAUCCCAUAAAAGGCGGUUCACUGAAGAAAAAUAUCUGUGAAUUAAAUUAUUUUGAAAUUGAACAAACAAAUUUCUGACACGAAUAAAUUUAAAGUUUCCAUUAUAGAAACGCAUGGGGAAACAUGGUAAGGCCCUCUGAUGGAUAGGUUUUAAUUUAACGAAUUGGAAUGAUGUAAAAAUCUUUUAUCGCGGAUGGUCAUCUAAGAAACAAUUUUUUGUAAAAUAAUUUUAAAAUCGGACCAGUGGUAUGUGUCACUAAAUACAUAAAGGAAAACGUGACAAUACUUUCAAGAGCAAACAUCUUGAAAACGGUUUGCAUUUCAUGUUGCAUUUCACAAAUUUCAUACUGAUUAUGAUUGUGUCAUGCUAUUUUCCAUGUCCUGUCCCAUAAUUUUAUUUCCCAGUAAAUGCUGCCUGGUAACUGUUGCAUUGUUCAUACUUUUUAAUUUUUUUUCCACUUGUACAUGCAUUUGUAAAAACAUGUCUACCAUUAUGCAUUUACAUCUAUGUAUUAUAAUAUAUUGUACAAACUGGCUGCAUUUUGUUGGUACGCUUUUUGGUAUUCUUGUUUACUGUUGUAAUUAUUAUUAUUAUACCAAAUUUAUGUAGCGCCCUUUUCAUGAUCAAUUUCGCGUUCAAAGGCGCUUUACAUAGUUCAAAUGCAGCCACACAGGGCGCAUAAUUCAUCCUCUACUAGUACAGACACAGAGCCAUCUGACCAGAGGGACAGAGUGAAACAAAGCCCCCAUGACAGAGAGAUCAGAAAUCAGAUACAGGCUUGUCCGGCUAACUUAGCCUAGCUUGUUACGAAUAGACAACCUGGUUCUUUAACGUACCCAGUGUAUAGCACUGAUACACGCAAGAUUUGCCUGGGUUCCUGACCAGUAGACCUCUAGUUGGGUGAUAGUAAUUAUAAUAUGACUGUAACAUGGCAUUUGAAUAAACAAUUUCUGCUCUUACUAUAUUCCUUAUCUUAAUUUGUAUUUAACAUGUCAAACUGCCAUCAAUACAGACAUGGACUAUUAGCCCUCACUUUAAUGCUAUUCUAUAUGCUUCUGGAAGUCGAGUGACAAAAAUAUAUUUGAAUACUCAUUGAAUUAUAAUCUAUA